AUGAAAGAUCAUACAAUUUCGUUGAAAUCUUUAAAUAAUAGAACUAUGACAUCAAUGAGAACAAGAACAAGAGAUAUAUCACAUCUGACUGAUAGUCAUUACAGUCAUCGUUUCUAAGAACAAAUUAAAUAGAAGUAGGUACUUGGAGAGCUUCAUUUAUAAUAAUAUGUAUAGUAAUAGAGGAUGAGAAAACAAAAUUAAGCUUAUCUUGGUAAUCAAUUAAGGGUUAAAACUGAAGAGAGACUUGAAUAAGUUAUAGAGUAAGACAAUGAAAAUGAAAUAUUACCUAUAUUAGAAUAAAUCUCAGAACUUAAUUUCGAACAAAUCACAGCAGGAUUAUCUUAAGAAAAGGAUCGUAGUCACAUACUAAAUUCUCUAAAACAAUCAUUAUAAAAAGCAAUCAAUUUUGCUCCUUCUUUGGUUUCACUCUAAUAAUAAUCAAGUAGUUUUUUUUCAGCCUAACCUACUGGUAGAAGAGAUGCAAUCAUACUUAAAUAAUGGUUUGUAAAUUUCAUGGAAACUAUCCAUUAAUCUAAUAAGGAUUUCAAAGAUAAAUUAAUAUCUUUAUCUGAAGCACUACAUCUUUGUUUGUUAGAGAUUAUUCGAUAAGUAUCUUAUCAAUGUGCUGAAAGAGGUCAACUCCUUCACACAUUAGUAAAAGGAUAUAUUUUAGUGUUUCAUAAACAUUUUAUGAUAAAAGAAUAAGAAAAAAGAAAAUUAAAAUUUUAAUUAUUUGAAAAAGAUAUUAAUGAAGCUAAAGAAAAAGAGGAAAUAGAAAAUCGUUCAAGAAUCUAAAUAAAUAAAUUAACAUAAGAAUUAGAUCAAUUAAAAUAUAAAGAAAAUGUGAUUAAUUCAGAACGUAUUAGUUAUUAAUAGACUAUCAAUAAAUUAUAGAAUAAAAUUAACUUAUAGUAAACCAUAUCAAAAAGUGCAGCAAAUAUGAUAGGCAAUUUAUAAAGGGAAAUAGAUUAAUUGAAGCAUUAAUUAUCCAAAAAGAAUUAAAAUAAAUAUUCUUCUAUGAACAAAUCUGAUGAUGCUAUGGAGGAACAAGACUUAUCAUUAUCAUAAGUACUUAAGGAAAUGAAUCAACAGACUAAAUUUGAAUAAAAUUAAGAUGUUAUUGUCAGAGAUGUGAUUGAAGUACUACCUGUUGUCUCUCAUAGUGUUGGUAUUUAAACAUUUUAAAAAUGUUUAUGUGUUCUUGAAACUUAAACAGAUCUACAAUUAAUGUCUCCUUAAUAUGAUAAAUUUUUAUCAAUUUAAGAAAUAGAAAAUACAUUAAGAGAAUUUGAACUAAAAUAACAAUUAGAAUAAUAGAGUUGGUUGGAUGGUCUAUGUGAUCAGAUGAAUAUGCAUCAAGAUGAACCCUCAAUUCAUGAUUAUGAAACUAGAGGAAUUACUAAAAUUGAUUUAAUAUAUGAAGUACCAGAAAAUGAUGAAGGAUCACCUGAUGUAUUAAAUAAAAGAAAAUAAGAUUAUAUAUAAGAAAGAAGAUUUUAAAUUGAAAGAUCUGAGACAUCUGAAAAGUUGAUUAGAGAAUUAGAUAAAUAAGGUUCAGAUAGAUUAUUAAAUAUUAAAUAAAUAUAAUAAGGAGCAAGUUCUAAUAAUAAUACUUAAUAGAAUUCAUAAUAAUCUUCAUAAAAAGCAAUUAAAUUAUCACCUUAAGCCAGUUCUUAAUUUAAUUAAACAAAUACUUGUAAAACUGACACAGCUAAAUCAAACUAAAAGCAAUAGAUUCCAUAAUAAUUAUAGUAGAAUAAUCAAUAAUAAGGAUCAAUAAAUUCAAUAAGAUAUUUUCCAUCUAAUGAUAAUUUGGAAAAGAAGAAUAUAAAUGAAAAAGAAAAGUAGGUUUAAAAGAAAAAGAAAAUGAGUGUAUCAUAAUAAUAAUAUUAAUAAUAAUAGUAAUAAUAAUAAUAAUAAUAAUAAUAAUAAUAAUAAUCAUAAUCAUAAAAUAAUACACAUAUAAUUGAUAUUAAUGAAAAAAAUGAAACUAUUUAAUAACCCAAUUUAUCAAAAUAAUAAACUACUAUGUUAAUGCUUCUUUAUCAAAUACAAAAAUAAAAAGCUUAAAAUGCUACAGCUAGAAUGAAUGAAACAAAUGAACUAUUAACAUAAGUAUUAUUAUUUGCAAGAAAAUUAACUCUUCAUAUAUUAAAAACUUAAUUCAAAACACAUACUUAAAUUGCAGAAGAGUUUUUAUUUGAAUUUGAAUCAUUAAGAAAGAAAAUUUAGAAUGACAAGGAGAUUUUAGAAGAAGAAUAUGUUUUGGAUGAAGAAAAAGAAAAGGAAGAGAAAAAAUAGGAGGCAUUAAAAAGAAGAAAAGGAAAAAUAUAAAGAGCAUUAAGAAUGAAUUUUGCUACUAGAUAAAUGAAAUAAAUACCAACUAUAGAUAGAUUAACACAUCCAGGUGUCUUAUUAGCAAUAAAAGCUAGAGAAUAAUCUCAUUUAUUUAAGAAGGUUGUUGCUUAUUGGCCAGUUAAGAAUGUGUUAAGAACUAUUAGUCAAAUAUAUUUAGAGAAAACAUCUUUUGGAGGUGAAGCUGAUAUGUAGAUUUUUGUUUUUAAUUUCUUCCUUAAUAAAUAUGGAUUUAAACAUGUAGCUGAAAAGAAAUACUUAUAAUUUUUAUUAUCUGUAAUUCAUUUUAGUCAAAUAUUUCGAGUGAAUUUAUUCGCCAGAUUAUUAUGUCUUUUACAUGAUGAACAUCUGAAUUUCACUUAAGAAGAAUCAGCUUUUCUAAUAUCAGGAUUAGAAUAUAUACAUAGUCAAACAAGUUUAGGUGUUAAUAUUGUAUAAGGAGAUAGUGAAGCCAAAUUUUAUGUUCCUUAUUUGAGAGCUUUAGAGUAAAGAUAUAAUAUAUAUAUAUAGUUACAUAAAAAUGCAUUUAGAGAAUAAAUUAACUGAAGAUGAAAUUAAAGAGCUAAGAGGUGAUUUAGAUAAUCUAAAGGAAAGUGAUUCAAAAAAUAAAUCAGGUGUAGUUGAUCUAGAUUUAUUUAUGUCUAAAGUAAUUGAUAAAUAUAGAAAUGUUACACAUAGAACAAAGUUAUUUGUGAUACAUGCAUUUCAAGCUGCUGAUUUGGAUGGGAACAAAAAGAUUAAUCAUAAUGAAUUUUUAACUUUGUUUAGACACAUUGAAUAUGAGAAAUUUAAUUUCUAAGAAGCAUUAGAUUUAUUUGAUGAAUAAGCUGAUAUUAUUCAUUAAGGCGAAAAGAAUUUAUCAUUUAAUCGUUUCACAUCAGUUUGUGUUAAUUAAUAAAUCUUUACUGAAAAUGCUCUUAAUGAUUUCAUUGGUAAGGAAGCAAAUAUGGAAUAGAUAUUUGAUAAUUUAGUGAAAACAUGGAGUUAAUAUAAGGUUGAAAUUUAAGGUUUAUUAACUUAAUUAUAACCAUUUGUAACAUAGGAAAUAUAUUAAGAAUGGGUCAAUAUAUUGUACACAUUAGAAAAAAGGAUUCUCCAUUAGAAGACAGAUUACUAAAAUGUUAGACCAAUAUUAAUAGCACAUAAAAUAUUAAAGUUAGAAUUGACAAGGUUAUUGGAUGAGGAUGAAUAAAAUUAGAAUAAAGAUUGA